GAAAAUUAACUUCAUAAAUACUUUAAAAACGGGACGGUAACGUCCUCUUAAGAAUGAUCGAUAUGUGAGGAAUUUAUUCAUCAAAAUUGCAAUUGUAUUUGUAUUACAACGAAGAUGCGAAUGUUCAUACGUGAUAUACUUGUAAAACAUCACCUGAUCCGAUUAUUCCUAUCGCCUGAUUAGUAUAUUUGAUAAACUGUUUACCGCGGUAAGUUUAUGACCAGUUCAAGAACAAUGUCGACAUCAUUAAUAGUAUUUUAAGAAUUGGGACGUGAUAAUGAUCACACGAAUUAUCCAGAUUAUUUCAAACCGAAAUAACGAGUAUUUUAGCAAAAUUAAUGCUUUUUUAUCUCAAAUAAAUUUCUACUGCCAGUAGUUAAAAUUCAACGUUUAAAAACGUUUAAAAAUUUAUGAUUUAUAAUGCCACGCAGUCGUUUGGAUGCUGUUUAUAGAAGUAUUCUUCUCACUAAAUUUUUUACGAAAGGCUGGGGUAGUCCUCAAAAUUUGAAAAGAAUAUUUGAAUUUAGAAGACUUCUUGCUAAUAGAGACACAUGUUAUAAACUUAUACCUCGUGAUUAUCCAAUCAAUAUAACUAAGGAUGAAGAAUGGUCAGAUUGUCAUAUAAUAGAAGGUUGUUUUGAAAGUCCAUUCAAUAAACAUCUUCCUCAAAUAAUGCCUUAUGAGACAAUAACUGCAAAUUUUCAAUUAGUCCUACCAAGAAAAUGGUACUCUCAUAAAAUAAAGCCUAUUUGUUUACAUCUUGCAGGUACUGGAGAUCAUUUUUUUUGGCGGAGAAGAAAUUUAAUUGCCAAACCUCUAUUAAAAGAAUCAGGAAUUGCAUCUCUAUUAUUAGAAAAUCCAUUUUAUGGUACAAGAAAACCACAGAAUCAAAUACGCUCUUGUUUACAUAAUGUCUGUGAUAUCUUUGUUAUGGGAGGAUGUUUAAUAAUGGAAUCAAUUGUUUUAUUAAAUUGGUGUGAACAGCAGGGAUUUGGACCUUUAGGACUCACAGGCUUAUCAAUGGGUGGACAUAUGGCUUCUUUAGCAGCAACUAAUUGGCCAAAACCAAUACCAUUAAUCCCUUGUCUUUCUUGGUCAACAGCAUCACCAGUAUUUACUCAAGGAGUAAUGAGUGCUUCGAUUAACUGGACACUUUUAGAAAAUCAAUAUUUUGCAAAUGAACUGUAUCAAAAUGAUCUCGCUAAAAUGGUAAAAAUCAUAGGUAAAGAAGAUGCGUUUUUAGCUGGACAACAUUUUGCACAGCAUUAUCCUUCAAGCAUGAAAAGAGUUAAUGAAUUAAAGAAAAUGACUGAAAAUGUUACUAAAAAAGUAAAUACUAUAACUGCCUCUGAAACUGUGAUUAAUAAUAGAGAUUAUGAUGAACAAAAUAAAGACAAUACUUUAAAAAAUGAAAUUGCUGAAGAAAAAGCAGCAAGAAUAUUUCCUUUAAAUAUAUUAUCUAACAAAUUUAAAUUAAAAGAUUCAAGUACACAUAAAGGUAUAUGUUUGUUACCAGUUCCAAGACAUCCAUUGUUUUCGGACUGUAAAUGGCGUGAACGAGAAGCAUUACAAUUUAUGUGUGGAAUAAUGGAUGAAUGUACGCACUUAAAAAAUUUUGAAGUACCUGUUGAUACCGAAUUGAUUAUUGCUGUCUGCGCAAGAAAUGAUGCAUACGUACCACGAGAUGAUUGUAUGAGUUUGGAUAAAAUUUGGCCAGGAGCAGAAAUUCGGUAUAUAGAUGCUGGACAUGUAUCCGCGUAUCUUCUCCAUCAGAAAGUAUUUAGAUCUACUAUAGUAGAGGCAUUUGAACGAUCACUGAAGAAAUAUCCUUUACAUAUUAGCUGAUGUAUAAUAUUAUCUAAAUUAACUAAAGUUAGUGUAAAAAGAUUCUACAAGUUAUUUUUAAAGUGUAAUUUCGUGUUCAUUCGCGACAUUAUAUUAAGGUAAAUUAUAUAUUUAAAUCAUUUUUUAGAUAUUUUACAAUUUUUAUUAUUUUUUAAUUGAAACAAAUUGAUAUAAAUAAGAGUUGAUCAUGUGUACAGAUUUAAGUCUCUAUACAUACUGUAAGAAAUGUUUAUUAUAAUAAAAUAUAUUUUAUGAAGUACGAAUAAAUUAUAAUAUAUUUGUAUACAAAAA